AUUCAACAAUACAUUGACCUAGUUGUAGGUGUUGAAAGCACAGCUUUAUUCCCCAGAACUCAAGGUGCAGAAAAUCACAUACCACGGGACGACCAACUCUCAACGUCGCUGAUUUUAGGAUCUUCCUUCCCAUAA